AUGCACAGUAUGCAGUAGUUUUUUUUUAUUUUCCUUACCCUGGAACAAACUAUAUUGAAGGUUGCAGAUCUUAUUCAAUUGAUUCACUUAAUUGUUGGGUCUGUAGUGAUAACUAUUUUCAAUAUAGAGUAUCAAACUAAAGUCCAUAUACUUGCUGAAGAAGUAAAUUAAAUCGAACUAUCAUCUAUGAUAUUUUAUUAUUUAGUGAAUAUUGGUAAUGCGAAUUGUUUAUAACCUACAAAUGAAAAAAAGUGCUAAAUGUGCACUUAAGGUUUUGGGAGCACUCUCUAUCCUGGUACAGACUGGGAAUAUUGCAUUCAUCCAAUAUUCGGAAAGUACACCUUUGAUGUCUCAUAAUGUGCAAUAGAUUCUGCAGGAAUUGUCAAGUCUAUAUCUGGUUGUAAUGAUGGAUAUAUCCACUCUAGUAAUCUUAAAACAUGCACUUACUCUUGUGGAAUUGGAAAUGCACCUAAUUUAGUAUACAGCGCAAGAGGAACUGCGGUAAAAUCAGAAUGCCAAUAAUGUGAUAUAACUUGCUUCGAAUGUUCUAAUAAAGGUUCUAAUAAUUGCACAUCUUGCUAGAAAGGAAAAUAUUUAAAUCUAACAGAUAGUAAAUAAUAAGUAGGCUAAUGCAUUUCAAAAAAUUCAGAUUCUUUAACAGCAGAAAUAUUUGUAGGAUCACCAGGAAUAUAAAAUAACAGACCAAGCGAUGAAAUUGAUGGAACUAUAAACAACUACUUUAAUUCUAUUCAAGAUGCAAUAAAAAAGGCAUAUGAACUCGGAGCUCCUUAUUCCUCAGCAGAAAUCACAAUUAGUCUAUUAUUCGGAGUUCAUGCAAUGGUUAGAUACAAUCCAGAGGAUUUGUACAUGCCUAAAAUGCUGGACUAAUACUCAAGAACAACAAAAAUAAUUCUUUAACCUGCAGAUGAUGAUCUGCAACUUACAAUCUAUUACAAAUUAAGAGAUUCUUUUCAUUUUCUAGUGGGUGCUGGUUUAACAAUCAGAAAUUUGAUAUUUGAAGCAAUAGAUUCAAUAUUAGAUUUAGAAUUAGAUUACAGCUCUAACUCAAAGUGUGCAUAAAAUUAGUUUAUAAAUUGUUGCUUUUUUGAUGAUAAUGGAAAUUUAGCUGGAUAGCCUGCGUGUAGGAAUUUCCUGUAUGAGUUCAAUAGCUUCAUUUAAAUAAAUAAAUACCAAGGAGGAUAUAUCGUAAUAAAAAAUGUAGUAUUUGACAACUUUAACACAUGUGGAGCUAUAAUAAGAAACAAGCUUAUUUAUAGGGAAACAACAGGAAUUAACUAUGCAAACUAUCUUACUUUCUAUCAAAGUUUUUUAAAUGACCAACAUUCUGCUAAAAUGAAGGAGAAGAUAGAUCUAUCUAAUUACAAUCCAUACAAUUGUAGCAAUAGCUAAACUUAAUCAAAUAAUCCGUGCUUUUCACUAUUAGUUGCGAAUUCUACAUUCAAAAAUUUCGGGUCAAUGAAAGAUAAAAUGAGUUAUGGUAACUAAGUUGAUCCAGAUUAUUUACUUUAAUACUAAGGUUUAAUAUUUGAUUUGGAAGAAUAUAAUGGGCACAUCUAAAUAAUAAAUAAUACUUUUGAAAAUAAUGUAAUAAAGUAUGAAUCAUGCUUGGUAGGGUAGUAUAUAAAAAAUAAAAAGGGAAUCUAUGACUAUGAGGAUGAUAUUUUUCCUAGUUAUGGCAUAAAAACUGCUUUAUAAAUAAAAUCUUGGAUUAGCAUUGUGAAGCAUGGUGACUGGAAUAUUGAUAUAGUUGAUAAUGAAUUUCUAAGAAAUACUGCAGUAAUGGGUAUAAUUGUUCUUCAAUUAAAUCAAAAAGCGAUUAGCAGAGUUUUCCUAUUAAAAAAUAAUUUUACUUAAAAUGGUGGAUAUUAUGAUACCUCAGUCAUAAGAGUUACUUUCAUAGCUAAUUCCUACACAAAUGUCCUGAGAACGAUUUAAUCUCCCAAUAUCUAUUUUUGUUCAGGACUUCAUUUUGAAUAGAACUUUUUCGGGAAAAACUAUGGCUGUUCUCAAACUUGUGGAGGGAUAAUUAGAAUUUAUUGCGCUAACUAAAAUUCAUCAAUUUCAUAAGUGAAUUUGGAUCUCCCUUAUGAGGAUCUUCCCGCAGAUGUUGCCUUAAAAUACCAUAGUACUAAUAUAGUUGGCAAAUCAACUUUAUCAUAAAUAGAUACAUAUAAUUAAUCAUCAUCUCUUAUUGAAGUCACUAGACAUUACGAAAUUAAUAUGUAACUUUGCUACUUUGAUUCAAAUUGGCAAUAUGAAUCAAUAGCUUCUGGUACAAAAGGAUAAUUGCUGACAUUAUCUUUUUUCUCAGGUAUUGCUACUAUUGACUAAAUUACAGUAAAAAACCAUAUAGGAUUGAAGGAUAUUCCUUAUGGACCAGAGGCACUUGGAUUUAAUAUAACUUAAAACAGAUCAAGGAAGGGAGCAAUAAGUCCAUUUAUUAAACUUUAAUGGCAUACAAGAAUUUUACUUAGAUAUUAAUAUGCAUUCAUCUAUUACAUAAAGCUAGAAAAUAUAAAAUGGGAGUAACAUCUUGAUUUGUCAGAUCAUUAAAUGCUUUUGAAUAUGAGAGAUCCUAACUUAAAUCUAGAUUAUGAUGAAUAUUCAGCGUUUUACCAAUAAGCACAUAAUUUUGUUGAUUCAUAUAUGGGAGGUACUAAUAAUCCAUUAAUUGAAGUUUAGAGAUAUCAUUAAUAAGAUGGUUCAUCUAAUGGUUUUUUUACAAUAACUAACGCUAAAAGUGUCUUGUUGUUUCGAAUGAAUGCUAAUGGUAUUUAUAAUCCAGUUAAUUCAAUGACAGAUGAAGGGUGUGGGCGAUUUUUAUGUUUAAAGAAUUCAAAUUCUAAAUCCAUUGUUUAUGUAAAUGAAUCAACAUUCAUUGGGAAUAAUUCAAACUUAUAUUUGAGUUCAUAAAAUUACUACAAAGAUUAAAUUUAAUAGAACAGAUAUGAUUAGACUUCUUUAAUAGCUAUAAGCGCUGAUUCUUUUGAUAUAGACUUGAUUGUUUAUAAAAGUUCAUUUUAAAAAUUUGGAAUUUCUAAUUAAGGAAGUAUUUUUAAAUUAUAAUCAACUGGGAAAAAGACUUAAGUAUUCUUAUAAAAUACAUUUAAAUACAAUUACGCUCUUAAAGGUGGUAGCAUAUAUUGUCUUGAAUGUUAUUUGACUAUUUUUAAUAAUACUUUUUAUGCUAAUAUGGCUUAAGAGGGUGGAGACAUUUACAUUAAAAAUAGUCCCAAUCCUAACAUUACUUUUGACAGUUUCUCUUCAAAUUAUAGUUAAGCAAUAUAGAGAGGUGGAUCAAUAAUGCUAAUUGAUGAAGAUCCCGAAAAAUAAAAUUAUGUCAUGUUUAAUGAGAGCAAAAAUAUGUACUCAUAGUUUUUAAAUAUUUAAUCUGAUAACGGGAUAGAUGCAUCUUUUGUAUUUUAUCCUAGAAAACUGCAAAUAUUUAAAUUUUAAACAGUACUUAUGAAACAAAUCAAGCAGAUUAAGUAGAUGGAAUAAAACUUCUCUGGGGCUCUGGUAAACUACCAAUCUUAAUUGAAACUUUAAAUUUCAUUAGAGGAUAUUAAAGUGAUUAAUUACAAUACUUCAACAAAAGGAAUAAUUUAUUCGAAAGGAAACUAAACAAAUAUUGAGAUAAGAAAUUCUAUUUUCGAUAAUAUUACAGCUUAAAAUAAUGGAGGGUUUAUAUAUAUGAAUGAAGAUACUUCUUAAAACAACAUUACUAUAUCGAAUUCAAAGUUCUAAAAUGUUUAUACUUCUGGAAUAGGAGGAUUAAUAUUUAAUAAAGGACUCUCCUUAUAAUUGGCUUUGAUCAAUAAAACAAUAAUCUAAAAUUUGUCAAGUUAGGAAGGUGGACUUUUAUACUCAGAAGGAGCAACAACAGAUAUAUUAAUUUCUCAAUCUUAUAUUAAUCAAACUACAUCAGCCUCUGGAGGUUUAUUUAAAAUAGUGGAUUCUCUUAAUUAAACUCUAAAUAUUCUGUCUUAAGUGUAAAUUGACAAUAUAUUUUCUUCAACCUAAGGUGGGCUUUACCAUGCUUCAAGUAAAUAGGUUAAUAUAUUGAUUAGUGAUUCUAAUUUCAAUAACAUCACAUCUCAGUUAGAUGGUGGAUUUAUUUAUGCAACAGAUACUGAGAUUUUUAAUUUAGAUAUAAAUAAUAGUAGCUUUAAUGUAAUAAACUCUUAGGACGAAGGGUCUUUUCUAUAUAUUGAUGAUUAAUUAACAACAAAGAUCAACUUAGAUAUCUAAUUUUAAGACGAUUCAUCAAUCUACACUUAAAAUGGUGGGGAGACUGGUCCAAUCAGUAUAAAUGGAGGAGGUCUACCCUAUAAUUUAGCAAAUUUAACUUUCAAAGACUAAAUCUCUAAAAUCGGCUCUAUAAUAUAUCUUAAUAAUUCAGCAACGAUAAAUAUCUACCAGUCAUCCAUUUUUAACUCUAAAUCUCUAAAUGAUGGAGGAAUUUUCUAUGUUGAGGGUAAUGGCUAAGCUAUACUAAAUCUAAUAGAUUGCAAAGAUUCGAUAUAGUAUGUAGAAUCUUUAAUUGACGGAGGAAUUAUUUGGACUAGUAAUCCAAGUCUAAGACUAUCAAUUUAGAAUUGCAACUUCAGAGAUAUAUAUUCAUAAGGUAAUGGUGGUUUUUACUUCAAGCAGAAAGCUGAUAAAAUUUUGCUUUAAAAUAUCACUUUUAAUAAUCUAACAGCUGCCCAGCAAGGUUCAUUAAUCUAUUCAUUGGAAUACUGA